AUGUUGGGAAGCUUGUGUCUGCCAUGGCACAUGAUCAGCCAUCGGAUAAACGAGGGAGCCGGCAACGGAAUACACGUAGCCUGUCUCCUCACAGUAGAGGCUCCUUUGGUUCGUUCCGUGACCACAGUCAUUCGCGUGACCAAGACCAUGAUCGUGGCCGAUCGUAUGGCCGGUAUCGUAGCCGUAAUUCAGAUGAUUAUGGUCGUUCGAGUGGCAGGUACCGUAGGGAGCGUUCACAGGAUAGUCGCUAUCAAGAGCGUGACAACAAUCGGUACGGACACGCCCGUCGACAGUAGUCUAAUGACACUCGUCAACCCCAGAGUACUCGUCCAUCUAGCCAGGAUGUACCCACAUGUCCCAAAUGUAAACUGCGCCAUCGGGACAAACCAUGCCCGGUUUGCCAUACUUGCCAACAACCUAAACACUAUUCUAAUAAGUGCCCGUCGUUGA